CAGGAUUAUAUCAAGAUGGCUACAAGUAAAUUCCAUCAGUUUCUGGAAGAUAUUGAUGAGAAAGUCUUAGAGUGUGCCAUAUGCUUGAAGAGACUCCAGAAUCCAAAAUCUCUCAACUGCUUGCAUAGUUUUUGUCUGGCCUGUCUGGAAGACUGGGUUAAGAAGAAGGGUAAGCUGACUUGCCCAACUUGCACAAAAUCAUUUCCCAUUCCAGAAGGCGGGCUUCAGAAACUUCCACCAAACACAUUUCUGAAUAACUUGUUAGAAACCCUUCAACAAUAUGAUAAACCUGCUGGUGAUCACAUCACAAAAUGUGUUUGUGGAAAAGCAGAAGAAUACUACUGCCAGUAUUGCAGACAUUACUUGUGCUCUUCUUGUAGAGAUUAUCAUAAACUGAUGCCAAUGUUGGCAAAUCACAAGCUACAUGCAGUGGAGGAUGUGCGCUCAAUGACACCACAAGACUUUGCUUUGUUAAAUCCUCCACUGUGUUCACUUCACUCUAAACCUUUGGAGUUGUACUGUCAAGAUUGUAAAACUCCAAUUUGCAUUCAUUGCACAUUCAUAAACCACAAAGUGUGGGAAGGGAAGCACAAAACAAUCAGCAUAUCGGAUGCUUUCCAAAUAUUUAAAGAAACUUCAUCAACAUUAGAAAAAGCUGCCCAAUGCUGCAAAGAUAUGUUAGAAGAAGGCCUUGAAGCAGUUAUUCAAACUGCUACAAAAUUAGAUGAAAGUAGAAAGACAAGUUUGCAAGAUAUUGACAGGCUUGUGCAGGAAAUGAUUAAAACAAUCAUGAAUAAAGCAGAUGAAAUGAAAAAAAAUGUAGAGAUAAUCUACAAACAGAAAAAGCAAGUAAAUGAUGUACAAAUGGAUGAAUUGAAAACAAUAAUAUGUGAAGUAAAUACAAAAUUAAGUUUUCUUCAACAGUUGUUAAAGAGUGAUGAAGCAACAGCGAUGCAAUCAAGUGAAACAGUAAUUAAAGCACUGGAGGACAGAGUAAAUGGAAUGCCCAAAACAGAGCCAAAUGAUAAUGGGAAAUUUUUUUUUUUUGCAAACAAACACCACAUUGCUUCUUUGCAGCAAUCUGACAUAGGAAUAAUAAAAACGAAAAGGAAGGCGGCAGAGCCUCUGACAUUAAUGGGAGUGGUGCCUGCAAGCCAAGGUCAAAAUAGUUUUGCAAAAGUAAUCAAAACAGAUGAAUGUGAUAUAGACGCAAAUAAACUGAAGGCAACAUUAUUUGAUGAAGCGGACAAUGGAGGAUAUGUUGUGACAGGAAAAUGCAUAAGUCUAGGUGUUUGCAGACUAGAUAUGAGUGUUGAUAAUGAACCACUUACACAUUCACCAAUGAAAAUUAAAGUGGAACAAGAAAGAUUAGUGAAUACUAUUAAAUUAGACAAAGACAUGGAUUACUAUGGCCUCGUUAAGUGUGAAGAUGGAUCGUUGCUUGUCUCAUGUCAGAAAAAUGAAAUACACAAGUACAAACAAUCUGGGGAGUAUAUUGGUAGGGCUACACUACCACAAGGUGUGGAAAUAUUCAAAAUGUACGAAAUAAAGAAUGGUAGCAUAGCAGUCAGUGAUGAAGGCAAUAAUUGCAUCACAAUAGUUAACAUGAAUGGUGAGGUGAUCAAAUUAAUUGGUCAGGGAAUACUAGAGAAUCCAGCUGGGAUACAUGUGGAUACAACAUCAAAAAGUAAUGUUGUGUACAUAGCAGAUUUUGCAAAUAAAUGUGUUUUUAUGUUUGACAUUGCUAGUGGCCUGAUGAUCAGAAGAAUAAUGUUAUCCGGAGGCAGUAUAGGAGUCAUCGAUGUUACAGUUACAAAUCAAGGACAUAUUCUUGCAGUAGUGAGAGAUUUUGAGUCUUCCAUCGACCGAUUACUACAAUUCGAUAACAAAGGAAGGUUCAUGAAAGUGGUCAAAGAUUAUAAACAUGAUACUAAUACUAUAGUGGGUUAUCCAGAAGUAGUAGUUGAUGAGAAUGACAACAUCAUUAUCGCAAAUUAUGCAAGCCUACAGGUUCUUAGUAGUGAUGGAACAUUUAUGAAAAGAAUUGAUAAACCAGAAGAUGGAAUAAACAAUCCAUUUGGAGUAUGCUUAAUCUCACAGAAACCACGGAGGGUUGCAAUAGCAAACAAUGGUGACAAGACUAUAAAAAUAUAUAAUUACUGAAAUAGUGUUAAGUGUACUAUUGAUAGUAGAUAAUGGUGAUAGACAGUCGAUUGAUAACAGACAAAUUAAUUUUUGCAAACAAACACCACAUUGACAUUGACAUUUAAAGAAGGUGGAAUAUCUGUGACACAAGGCAGACCUGCCAACUCACUCGAUCCUGUCGGGUGUCACCUGAUAUUUAAACAAAUCUUCAGUUCUUCCAUUCGAAUGUAAUUUUCACCCGAUUUCACAGGCCACCCCCUCCGCAAAAAUACUCCGUUUUAUGCAUAAUUUGAUUGAUUUGAUCAUUAUUAUUCAAUGUAUACGCCGUCUGCUCGUUUCGCAGUGCAACAAACAAGCAGCCAUUUUCAAUUCGAAUGUCACCACCAACGGCCAAUGAUUUGUAGUGACGUGACUUUUUUGGUAUAUCUUGCAUCAUCUUUUGGUUAAUUCUGGAAACCUCAAGAUUUUUUGGUAAAUCUCCAGAUUUUUUUAUGAUUCUUAAAAAAUCUCCAGAUUUUCAUGACCCAAGGGUUGGCAUGUCUGCACAAGAUCAAGUAAUUGUUGCAAACAUAAACUAAAGCACAUAGAUGUAGAUGAAAAUCAACCAAAGGCAACAAGAACACAUACUGCAGGAGAAACCAACAUCACUCAAGUUGAUAAGAUUACAAUGGAAAUUUUAUUAGAAAUCAUACACUAAUGUUUAUCGAGCUUUGAAGUAUAAAUGUGUAAAAUUAUACUAUUUAAAGAUCAAUAUAUAUAUCCUUGAUUGUAAGAAAUUCUGUGCAAAUUUGUUGUCAUUCUCUUGCUGUUCAGGUUCCAUGGCGAGCACAUCAUUAUAUUACACUGUGUUACAGUGUUGAGUUUCAGGGUUCAAUAAAGUUGUGCAUAUAUCUUUGUACAUUUCGUGGCAAAUACAUAAAAAAAUGGCGACUAGCAGUAGCAACUUUUGAGUCUGAAAAAGCUACUUUUUGAACGGACGGGAGCUCGGAUUUUGGUCACUGAGGGGACUCGUUUUCGUUUUCAUUGGAUGGUGUGUUGAAUGCCAUUUUGCCCUUUUGGAAUUUUGGAACCGGUGGUGUUGAGCAUCCAAGGCCUAGGAAUGUCUACGAAGUUAAGUCUCGGAGAGUUGGGACAGUUUACUAAUACAAAUGAAGAUAAAAUUAAGGGAUUCAAAGCUGAUAUCAGAGCAUAGAACCUGUCUUUAUUAAAGCACGCCAUAUUUCUUAUGCUCAGGUUGAUAAGGUCCAUGAUGAAUUACAACGGUUAGGAAAAUCAGGAAUUAUUAAGAAGGUUAAGUACAGCCCAUGGGCAUCAGCCGUAGUUGUUGUUAAUAAAGCCGACACAUCCAUUCGACUUUGUGGUGAUUAUAAACAAACUGUAAAUAAGGUAGUUGAACAAGACACAUACCCAUCCUACUGCAGAAUAUACUUACUCACAAUCAUCAUCGGGGAGAAUAUUUAGUAAGAUAGAGUCAGCGUAUCUGCAGUUGAAAUUGACUGAAAGUUCCACAACACUCUUAACAGUUAAUACUGAAAAGGAUUUGUGGCAAUACCAAAGAUUACCUUCUGGGGUAUCAAUAGCCCCAAGGAUUUUUCAGAAUGUGAUGGAUAAAAUGUUAAACAGAUUAGGUGGUGUAUGUUGCUAUCUAGAUGACAUCCUAAUCAGGAGUCUUGAUGAUGUUAGAUGAAGUGUUGGGUAGGAGUCUUGAUGAUGUUAGAUGAAGUGUUGGGUAGACUGGCC